AUGGAAUUCGACCAAAUUUCGGAGCUUUCGUCGCCCUUGAGCUCAAUUCCCAGCUCUCCUCUCAGCUCUCCUCCAUCUUCGCCCACUCUCCCUCCUGGUUUUCAAGUCGUCACACCACCUCCCUCACAGCAUGCCGGCGACGAAAUGCCUCGCCCACGAAAGCGCCGGAAGCUCGAGCCAAAGAUUCGCACAACCCAGUAUCUAGACCUCACUUCAGACACGGCGCAGUCCGAGUACGAUCGCAGAGAAGCUCUAGACACCCUUCUCAAAGCCGUGCGAAACAGGAGAAAGAUUGUGGUCGUCGCAGGGGCUGGCAUUUCGGUUUCAGCUGGUAUUCCCGACUUCAGGUCCUCCCAUGGCCUCUUCAAGAGCUUGCGAGGUGAACACAAAUUGAAGAGCUCCGGCAAGAUGCUGUUCGACGCCUCCGUUUACAAGGACGACCACUCAACUGCAGAAUUCCACAAGAUGGUGCGCAAGCUGUCCAAGAUGGCUGACAAUGCCAAACCGACCCUCUUCCAUCGCUUUCUUGCCAGACUGGCUGUUGAGGGACGACUGCUGCGGCUGUAUACCCAGAAUGUGGACGGGCUUGAGUCGUCCUUACCGCCCUUGGCUACUCAAGUGCCUCUCAGCCACAAAGCGCCCUGGCCAAAGACGAUCCAACUCCAUGGUGGACUCGAGAAAAUGAUGUGCCAGAAAUGCCGACACAUUUCCGACUUCGAGGCGCAUUUGUUUGACGGGGCCUCUCCGCCAUUGUGUCCCCAGUGUGUCGCCGCCGAUGCGCUAAGAACGACACAUGCGGGCAAGCGAAGUCACGGGGUUGGCAAGUUACGUCCUCGAAUUGUUCUCUACAACGAGCAUAAUCCUGAUGAUGAGGCCAUUGGCGCUGUCACCACGGCAGAUUUCCGAACGCGACCCGAUUGCGUGAUUGUGGUUGGAACCAGCAUGAAGAUUCCGGCAGUUCGGCGCAUAGUUCGCGAGAUGUGUCAGAUUGUCAAAGACAGACGGGAAGGCACCACCGUCUGGAUUAACCAUGAGCCAGUACCGCCUGGGAAAGAUCUUGAAGACUGUUGGGAUCUGAUCGUUAGUGGUGACAGUGAUGAAGUGGCUCGACUGGCACGGUUGAGGGAAUGGGAUGAUCCUAGCACUGACAUGGCUGAAAACUACACCGAGGCCGAUCUUGAUAGAGUCAGGUCGAGUCAGGGCGAGAUCGAGGUUGUGAUACCUCCGACUCCCAAGAAGAGCGAAACUACGGCCUCGCGGCUGCUGCCAUCUGCGGCGAUCAACACAAUGACUCCUCCACGCAGCCAGAACGGAGACGAGCCCUCCAAGACAGGAAAGAAACCGGCAUCCACCACACCCUCACCGAUCCGCAUCAAACUGAACGUGACAGCGCGGAGCAAAGAGGCUUCUGCGCCGCAAGCAACAGUGAAAAAUGCAGCGAGCAGGGGCAAGUCACUUUUGGAUCUUCUCAAUGGACAAGAGAACAAGACGAAAACGGCUAAAUCCAAGACCUCGCUCAACAAGAAACCCAAGGUUACGAAAAUCAGGGCUUCUGGCACGCUCGCAAGACAAGCAGUCAUUACUGGCAGAGUCACGAAGCCUGUUGUUGAGAUCAACAAGGCCGGCCUCAAGCCGCCUCCAUCAGAACCACUGUCUCCACGGCGCGAUGCGAACGAAGCACCUCCAGCCCCUACAUCAGAGUUCUCAAGCGUGGAUGCAAGUCCCGCGCCAGAGACGCCUCCUUCGACAUCUGCCGCAGAGGAGUGGCGCAACAACGAUACAGUCUCACCCACGGGUAGAAUCCCCACGGAUAUGGUCAGAUUAUUAAAUUAG